AUGGCAUUGAAAGGAAACAUUCCAGUGCCUCUGAAGCCAGCUUGGGCAUUUGAAACAGUGGCUGACAUUUCCCAUGCCCUGCUGAACAGCGAACUAGCAUCACAGAUUACCGUAUCUGGUAGAGGAAAAGGCAGUAAGGGGCUGGGAAAAGGCGGUGCUAAGCGUCACCGCAAAGUGCUUCGCGACAACAUCCAGGGUAUCACCAAACCCGCUAUUCGCCGUUUGGCUUGUCGUGGUAUUUCGGGUCUGAUUUACGAGGAGACUCGCGGUGUGCUGAAAGUGUUUCUGGAGAACGUUAUCCGUGAUGCUGUCACCUACACAGAGCAUGCCAAGAGAAAGACUGUGACCGCCAUGGAUGUUGUGUACGCUCUGAAACGGCAGGGACGCGCCCUGUACGGCCUCGGCGGCUAA